CCCACGCAAAGUACGGCAGUGGGUGGAGCUCUGUUGCCAGAGUAAGCCGGCGUUGGUGUUGGUAUUGUAUACUUCCUGUCGCAACCAUACCUGUUUCCUUGUGCUGAGAUCCUGAGGUGAUGAAUCAUAGUGAGAGAUUCGUUUUCAUUGCAGAGUGGUAUGAUCCAAAUGCUUCACUAUUUCGACGUUAUGAGCUUUUAUUUUACCCAGGGGAUGGAUCUGUUGAAAUGCAUGAUGUAAAGAAUCAUCGCACCUUUUUAAAGCGGACCAAAUAUGAAGACCUUCACUUAGAAGAUUUAUUUAUAGGCAACAAAGUGAAUGUCUUUUCUCGGCAACUGGUGCUACUUGACUAUGGGGAUCAAUAUACAGCUCGGCAACUGGGCAGUAGGAAAGAAAAAACAUUAGCCCUGAUUAAACCAGAUGCAGUAUCAAAAGCGGGAGAAAUAAUUGAAAUAAUAAGCAAAGCUGGAUUUACUCUAACCAAACUCAAAAUGAUGACACUUUCAAGGAAAGAAGCAACAGAUUUUCAUAUAGAUCAUCAGUCAAAGCCCUUUUUAAAUGAGCUGAUCCAGUUUAUCACCAGUGGUCCUAUAAUUGCCAUGGAGAUUUUAAGAGAUGAUGCUAUAUGUGAAUGGAAAAGACUUCUUGGACCUGCCAACUCUGGACUGGCACGUACAGAUGCUCCUGGAAGCAUUAGAGCCCUCUUUGGAACAGAUGGCAUAAGAAAUGCAGCUCAUGGCCCUGAUUCUUUUGCUUGUGCUGCCAGAGAAAUGGAGUUAUUUUUUCCUUCGAGUGGAGUUUGUGGGCCAGCAAACACUGCUAAAUUUACCAGCUGUACUACUUGUUGCAUUGUUAAGCCCCAUGCCAUCAGCGAAGGACUGCUGGGAAAGAUUCUGAUGGCUAUCCGAGAUGCAGGUUUUGAAAUUUCAGCUAUGCAGAUGUUCAACAUGGAUCGAGUUAAUGUUGAAGAGUUUUAUGAAAUUUAUAAAGGAGUCGUGUCUGAGUAUAACGAAAUGGUGACAGAAAUGUAUUCUGGCCCUUGUGUAGCAAUGGAGAUUCAACAGACUAAUCCUACAGUGACAUUUCGAGAAUUCUGUGGACCUGCUGAUCCUGAAAUUGCCCGGCAUUUACGCCCUGGAACCCUCCGAGCAAUCUUUGGUAAAACUAAGAUCCAGAAUGCUAUCCACUGCACUGAUCUACCAGAGGAUGGCCUAUUAGAGGUUCAGUAUUUCUUCAAGAUCUUGGAUAACUAGCAGCUUAGAAAGUAAAGAAGUCACAGGUUGUGGUGUUUAGACAAGAGUGAAUCACACAUGAGGAAUGUGUUCAUUCUUUUAUUGUCCAUUGUUUUAACCUGACUGAAUACAAGAUCAACAAGAGCACUGUACUCCUGGCAAUUAUGACAUAUGUUAGAACAUGGAUUUUGCACUGCAGACAACAUUUAACACCAGUCUAUGGGGUACUGCAUUGCUUUUUAUAAAGUCCAAAAUAAAGAUUUAUUUUCAAACAA